GAAAUCUGUACUGCAGAACCCCGCCCGAGGAGCAAUUUUCGACGUGCAACCAAACGUUGUGCAAUCAAACCUGCCUAAAUGACAUAGCAAGCAGCAUUUUCUUCUUUCACACAUAUUUGGGGAGAUUUAUUUAUUCACAUUUACUUGGUUCGCAGCUGGCCUCACGCGCGUUCGAUAACAAGUCAUGAUAACGUACGUGCUCUAUUAAUGUGAGCGCGGUUAAAAUGAACCAUGAUCCAAAGGGAAGUGAAAAUAGUAUUGGCAACAUUUACUUUUGUACCGGAAAGCCGGAUACGUUACUUGACAUGUCCUCAUCAAAUAAGAAGCAUGGUGUAAAUGAUCGCCACUUUCAUGUCAACGGUGUUUAUACGCGGCACCCAAGUCCAAACCAUAUCCAGCCUUGGAACAAAUCAUCACGUCGACCAGCUUCAAACAUUUUAACAAAGGUAGCAAAUACAACCUACCUUGAUGGAUUAAUUAAGACAUACCAGACACAAUAUAUCCGAACUCUCGCGAAUAGCCGACGGGGAGAAUCAAUGAUACGCCGCAAUGUUUCGAAAAGUGAACAGCCACCUAAUAUUGGCCUGAAGGAUAAGCUGCUCAGGACAGCUGAGGAUGCGGUUCUACAACCACGUUUCCGUUCCGUGGGGCAUGUUCUAUGUCGACGUAAGCCAACUGAUGCCAAUGCGGAGUCGUUACCUUUGAGUCCCUAUUGUUUUGUUCGGUCUGAAUCAGCCAACCACCAGCAAAGCUCAAUUCAUUUUCCUGAAAAUAGUAUACAAAGUAACUCUGUUCGUCCGAACUUGUUUAAUGGAAACUCCGCUUCACUUGCAAUUAGAGAGAGUUCUGAUAAACGCCCUGGUAGACUAAGGCGUACGAAAAAACUUGAAUGCAUGUCACCUAUUGUCCAGCGCGUCCGAUCCGGCGAAUUCAUUCCAAACGGUAGAAAAAGUGUUUCCUCGGCAAUUCCUGAAUACAAAUCAAGUUUGCUGGAUUCAUUGCAUCCGAAAAGCAUUCAUAGCAACUUGGUUCAACGCAGUAAUUUUCACAAAUUCUUAGUCAGGCCCCUUGUCACCCACACCAACACCAAACAUGAGAUGCCUGAGGAAAGCUUGCAGGUAGAUGCUGGAGGGGCAUCAGGGGGUAACUCCUACAAGAGCUUAAAAGAACAAUUGCAAAAAGUCAGAAAAGAUCUCAUUGAAAAGUCCUUACUGUAUUCAGAUUCGUCUGAUCAGUGCUUAACAUCAUUUCGUCAAUCAAAUAAAAACGACCCUUUCAGCAACGUGCGAGUGCUGACCACUUUACCAAUUUAUUACACUUUGUCGGUGAUUGACCCAAAAGUGGAACAAAUCCCUAUUCUACGAAGGCCGCUAAACAGCUUUAUGGUGCUACCAAAAUACGCUAAAUUGACUGAAACACACCAUGCAUUGCACAAGCUGAUUACAUUGGACCUUUGCGAGGAGAUCCGUCUGCCUACCACAACCGAAAUUGGCAUGAACAUGCCAUUAGUCGAAACCGAGCUGAACUUGGUUUACUCAGCAGGGCUGAUCAAGACACAUUAUUCUGCUGUCCUCUACCAAGUUCUGAAAGGCAAGAAGAUUUUGCCGAAAGAAGCGAGGAAAUAUUCCCAACAAGAUAAACAGCUAGAACAAAACCAGGACGGCGUUGGCAUUGAUCAUAAUUUGAAAAUCUCCAGUCCAUCAAAACUAGUUAAACUUGAUAGUGUGUCUGGCACCGACAACGAUGAAGCACUUGAUGAGUUGUCAAGAAAAGUGGAACGCCCAGGUGAACAGUUGGAUGUCGCGGAAAGCAAAUCAGAUGUCACAAGCUCUGUUCGAAGUGACGUAACACUGUUCGAAAAUUAUGAAUAUCAAAUGAACGAAGAAGCCAUCGCUUCUACCAGCGAUGCAAGCUACUCUGAUUCCAUGCAAGAACUGAGUGAUGGGGAGCUGCUUACAGUUAAUAAACUUUUGCAGCACUCUCCACCUACUGUUGACGACAUUAUACAAUCUACCGCGAAGUCCGUGCCCUUGAAUGAACCACAUAUGCGGAUCUUUACUUCAUCAUCGAGUUCUAAAUCUCCCUGCACUCCAGCAUACGGUUCUCGACUUCGAAAAGUGAACGACCAGUCUGUUACACCGGCAAACAAAGCAUCAGUUAGCCCGGAGCUACCCUCAGGCGUUUCAGCUAAUGUCACUAGAGCACAUACAGUACCACCGAGUAGACCACAAGGAGACACAUCCGAUGAUGGAGUUAUGCCCUACCAACUGGAUAAGACAAGCGAUGUCGAACGAAAAGACGGAGCUACGAAAUCGACCGCACGAUGUUUUACGGGAAACCAGUCUGUAGAGCACCGGGAUCUGACAAUCGAGAAGUCUUCUGAAUUACACGUUUUGGGAGAUACUACAUGCAUGUCAAAAAUUGAUGCUACUGAGUGUUCUACCGUUGAAGCAACAUUGUCCCAGAAGCCUGGGACACAAAAUGAAUCAGGCAUCUCCUGUAAGGAACUGAUGCAACAGCGACGGAGAGCUGCAGUAGAGAAAGAAGACAAGGGUGCGACGAAAACAAUCCACCCAGCUCUUAUUGCUUCUUUGUUUCCAAAUGUCCCUCCUGUAUUAAGAUUCGUUGAGGAAGGACAUAAAUUUGAAUCACUACCAUGGGAGUUCCGCAGAUUGUUGCGCUGGAGAGCCAGCCUACUUACACCGAUCGUUGUGAAACAGGCGCUGCUGAGAAGCGGGUUUCGAGUAUCCAGGCUGACCUCGACGUCAGAAGAUUUGGAAACAAUAGAAUCGUCCGAUUGGAUAUUCUAUUUUGGUAAGCACAUGCGGCCACAAGUGUUUCGAUCGAUUCGCGAAUAUCAAAAGGUCAAUCAUUUGCCUUGCUCCUUCCAAUUAGGCCGUAAAGAUCGAUUGUGGCGAAAUGUGUUCCAUAUGCAAAACCGUUGUGGACGAGAGAAUUUCAGUUUUAUGCCUGAGACAUUUUGUCUACCCGGUGAUCUGGAAGCGCUGAAAAAAGCGUGGGAUGAAGAUGGAGCUGACCAACGAUGGAUACUGAAGCCACCAGCAUCAGCCCGCGGGAUUGGUGUUCGUCUCAUCACAAAAUGGGCGCAGGUACCAAAGAAGCGUCAGGCUAUUGUACAGAGGUACCUCGGACGACCUUUUUUAAUAAACGACAGCAAAUUUGAUCUCCGAAUCUACGUAUACAUAUCAUCCAUUAAUCCUCUACGUGUUUACAUCCAUGAGGAAGGCUUGGUUCGAUUUGCAUCGCAAAAGUACAGUAACUCUCUUCGGUGUCUCGGGAACCGUUUUGUCCAUUUGACCAAUUACUCCAUCAAUAGGCUCAAUUCCGAGUACGUGAGCAAUUCCAACGAUCAGUUAGCCAAAGGUCAUAAGUGGAGCCUGCGAGCGCUGUGGGCCUACUUCAAAGCCCAAGGGAUUUCGCCCACUCCAAUUUGGUCAAGUAUAAAGGACGUGGUUGUAAAAACUGCGAUUAGCACUGAGGCUGCAUUCAAUGCAGCGAUCAACUCCUACUGCAAUCACAGCUGUUCUGUGCAUGAAGUGUUUGGUUUCGACAUUUUCCUAGACGAAAACCUACAACCUUGGUUGUUGGAAGUCAACGUUUCUCCUAGUAUGCAUUCCGAUUCUCCGCUGGACGCAAAAGUAAAAGGUACCGUGGUGAAAGAUAUGUUGAACCUCUGUGGCCUACGUCUACCGGAAUUCUCAGAAGUCAACUGCAACACAGUUGUUCCAACGUGUCUGGCCAAAGUGCGUCACCCCGAGCCGAGUGAAUCGCACUUUACCUCUAUCUUCCCCUCACUGUUACACUUCCAUUCUCCAAACAUUUCGAACGCUCCGAUUACCUCACCAUUUGGAAGUAGCGGCUCGUUGAAUGAGGAAGCCACCACCACUGAUCGUAAGGUAAACAGCUGUGGAAAUCAGGAGUGCUAUAUGCCCCAAUGCCUUCAGAAACCAAAGGGCCCCAGUCAUGAGUGGUUGAUGGACAGGAGACUGCACAUCACACAGCUCAGUGAGGAUGAGAAGGAGAAACGGAGAUAUUACGUCAUGCGUGCCACUCGGUAUGAGUUACCCAGAGCACCCAGUCGAUGCCACAGUCGUGUGAGUUCCAACGGAAGUGUUCGGGAAAGAUCAGCUAGUGCGGGCACCAAUAAUCGCCAAAAGUCUGCCAUUCGGCCUAAGUCUGGACCAAAUAAGUCUUCUGCGUUUUAUGUUGACGAGGACGGAGAUCAAGAUGGCUCAGUGAGUACAGUCUCCUCCUCUAGUGGAAAGUUGAGCGGCGUUAGUUCGGUCCGCUCGGUAGGAGGUUGGCAACAUCGAAACAGUAAGGAAGAGGUGAAUAACUCAUCCAAUAGGACUGCUCGUUCCAUGGGAAUAGGACCAUCUUCACCAGACUUGAAGAGUCACCGCUUUCAACCGGGAAGCAAUCUGGUCAAUCCGAAGCCUCCGGUUGUUACAAGAGAAAAGCUCACACACAAAACAACUUCUGGCAACACCAUUCUGCGUUCUUCAUCCAGCAGUUCGCAAGGUAGAACCAAAGUUCGGUCAUCCACUUCUCGCUGUGGAUCGGAAAGCCAAACUCCGACGAGAAUGCAGGGCACGCUCCCCCGUGUUAGGCUGAGCGUCGCCACAGCGGAUAUCCUCACCACUUUGACUCCGUCUGAUGUGCGGAUUCUCACAGCAAUGGUGGACGAGUUAGAGCGUGCCGGAGGCUUUCAAUGUAUAUUCCCUCCAUCGUCGGCCGGCUUAGCAGUGCGAUACUUGUCGUACUUCGAAGCUCCGCGGUAUGCAAAUCUAUUAUGUGUUGCAUACAUACAAAAAUAUGGACAAGAUAAGGAGGAAGGAGUAAAAAUGCUGAAGUUAUUGUGUGAGAAGAACCUUCAUCUUAUGUCCGGAGCUUUCGGGGACCGCGUGCAGCCGGAGCACAUUUGGCGGAAGCCAGCAAUUAACAUUCCGACUACCCCAUCCGAUUCCACCAAUUCACCAAAAUCCACUCCUUUGAUCAGAAGACCGUCGUACUCUAAAAGAACAGUGGUCUGAACAUAUUUUCAUCAUCCAUACCUGCAAAGCGCUGUGAUACGACCAUUUGGUUAUUCUGACAGGAUACCAUGAGUUGCUUUAAUCGAUUUGAUUACUAUCUAGGUUUUUCCUAGUUAUAUCCGAUUUCGCUUCAAGCGGUCAAACCUUGUUACUGAAACGAAAAGGACUGUCAGUAAGAUACCCAUGUAAACAACUACACACAAUUGUACACUG